CUCCCUUGCUUCAAGACAUCUGUCCGUAUAGAAUAAACCGCCCUAUUUUAUCUCUUCAAGCUCUUUCCGUCGGAGCGUUGUCUGUUCUGUGCUGUCUUCGAUGUUCCUUUCAACAGGUAGUUGAACAUCAUGGUUGAAGUUGCACAUCGACAACCAUCGUGGAUGGGCAUCAAGGUCAAGGACCUUGCCCUCUUUGCUUUGGCCGUACAAAAUGCCGCCGUUAUAAUGUUUGUUCGAUACUCUCGAACAAUGCCUCCCGUAGGAGGUCAACGUUACUUUUCUUCAACAGCCGUAUUCUUAACUGAGAUGAUCAAAUUCGCAUUAUGCCUCACCAUUGCCCUGUACGACGUAUCUCGCAACUUGCCUCCGACCUCCUCAGUUUUAUCACUUUUCAAGGUGCUUUCGGGUGCUGUGUUUACCGGCGAUAGUUGGAAGUUGGCAAUUCCUGCUAUCAUUUUUACUUUGCAGAACUCAUUACAGUAUAUCGCGCUAUCCCAUCUUGACGCGCCCACAGCCCAAAUAACAUAUCAGCUCAAGCUCGCUUUUACGGCAAUAUUUGGCAUCCUUGCAUUUCGUAAACCAUUGUCGUUGCGGAACUGGGCGAUGCUUGGUCUUCUUAUGCUUGGUGUUGCAGUGACUUACAUUCCAAGUGCUGAUCCUACCGGUUUUUCGUUUGCCAAAGAGGUUCAUGCUCGACGCUCGAUUACAAAAUCACUUGCCAGGGACACCGUGGAUUUCACAAAACGAUCUGCUACAUACGAGGGCAUACAAGAAGAUGAGGGAUUGGAACAUCCUCCAGUUUACGCGUCUCUUGGAUUGUUGGCCGCACUCGGCUCCUGCUGUUUGUCUGGCCUCGCCGGCGUUAUCCUUGAGAGAAUAUUCAAAGAUUCAAAAAGUCCUUCCUCGCUCUGGGUUCGGAAUAUCCAGCUAUCUUUCUAUUCUCUGUUCCCUGCGCUCUUUAUUGGCGUAAUCUUCAUUGAUGGUGAAGAAGUUGCCAAAGUCGGGGUCUUUCAAGGAUACAAUUGGGUUGUCUGGACAACGAUUGGCUUACAAGCCCUGGGAGGCGUCCUUGUCGCCAUAUGUGUAUUCUAUGCGGACAACCUGGCAAAGACUACCGCUACAAGUAUCAGUGUUAUAUUGACAAUCGUUGCAAGCGUCUUGUUCUUCGAUUUUCCGGUCACGACUAAGCUACUGGUUGGAGCGAUACUCAGCGUCAUCGCAGCAAAUCUCUUCAAAGGGAAAGACAGAUCACGCCCUCCACCAAUCAAAAUCGCGAAAUAUGAGAGUACGACAAUUGACCGGCGGCCGUCUAUUAUUGCUGGGGAACAAGAUCCCAAUACACUACCACUGCCUACUGCACUCCAGACGGAAGAGGCUAGAUCUACCUCCCGUCCUAGCUCUCCACGAGGUCACUCUCGAGGCCCGCAAGGCAAAGGAAAGUCGCCAAAGAGGAGUGCGUAAAAGACAUUGCUCUCUUCUUCCUGAGACCCCAAGCUCGCAUGAGCGAUCUGGGCUUUCUUUAAUUCUCAAAUCCCACGCAGGAGUGUAUUUUUAUUUGAUCUACCUCUGCAUUCUCCCUGAAGUUGUUACGGGUGAAGGAGCAACCUACGGCAUACAUUGACUACUCAUGGACUGAAGGUAUCCCAAAUCAGACCUAAAUAUUCUGUGUCACAGGACUGCCGUUCAUUACGAAUGUUCCCCGUCUUUACAUACCUAAUUGAAACGUAAAUAUUAUGUCUUUGUCGUUUGGCCCUGGAUUCAUCUCUCGACAUUUUUCUAUGUUUUUGUGUCAACAUUGGCGCACAUUUGGUCAUCUGGCGCGGAAUUAGGCAUGGGAUCAAAAAAAAGAUUAUUUAUCAUCAGAUAAAAUCGUAUUUCCAAUAAUGGACAUAUAAUCUUCAAGGGG